GAGCUGGUAUGGUGGGGAUUUUUUUCUGGAGGUGGAGCAGAUACUCCAGAGAGAGGAAGCAUAUAAAUAGAGAAAGACCCAGAGGGAGGAGGCAAACGGAUCCAGACCCUCUGACUUACAGCUGGCACAAAAGCUCGUCCAUACUUUGUGAAAUCAAUCGGGUUUUAAAGCAAGAACAAAGAGGAAAUGGAUUCCCAAAUUGCAGAGGUAAAUCAAAGCCUGACUACAGCGGAGCAGAUGAGAAACCAGAAUCAGCUGAUAAUGCAACCCUAUGCCAACUGGGAGGAUUACUUAUCUCCUGCACCAUUCUCUAUUGCCAUAAUGGCAGAACUGGCCUUUUUAUCUUCCAAAACUGAUUUCUCCAUCAACAAAAACCCACCCAAGGAAGGCUACAAGUAUAUCAAAUACCCAGAUUCAUUCUGUGCCUGCCUCAUGCAAGUGUGUAACUCUGGUUGGUGGGCAUUCAAUGAGGCUCAUACAAACAUGGAUCAGAUCAGGCUACUAACACUAACUGUUCCAAAUUACAUGAUGACUGUGGUUAAGAUUCUCUUCCAAGGCAACAAUGAGGUCGUCAAAGAUCAUCUCCCCAACCAGUUGACGAACAUCCGUGGCAUUGCAGACAGAUGCCUUGAGUUGGCCAAUUCAACCAAAGAACGGUUUGAAGAAGUCAUCAAUAUUAUCCAUGAACUACUGGAAGUAUGUCUAAAAGCUAGAAACCUUUAUGGAGAAGAGCUGGAUGCAGUCAAGAGGACUCUAGAUGAGAAUAAACUGAGGGAGGAGUCCUCAAAGGAAGCUGUUGAACGUUCCAAGAAGGCAGUCAAAGUUUUGGAAGAAGAAUUGAAAGAAGCACGGGAAAGCUACAAGAGUGCAAUGAGAAGCCUUCCUGGUGGAUGGGAAAUGAUGGCUAUGGAUCUUGUUGGAUCCGUGACCGACGCCAUGACAGGCAUUUUUCACGGUAUCACGAUGCUGAUGACUCAACCAGUAGCCCAAGCGUGCAAAGCUACAACAACAAUUGCUGAGACGGUGAAUCACAUUAAAGGGGAAGACUCUGUUGAUCCUGUGGAUAGAAUCAACAUCUAUAGCAAGUCUGCCGAAAUCCUGAAAUGCACAGAGCUGAUCGAGCAUUUUGUGCAGGAGGACAAGAUCGACUGGUUCAGUUUGUAUGAUCAAAAGAACAAUGCUGCACUAACAGAAUUUCCAGCAAUGCAGUUUAAAAGAAUUAUGAAAAAUUUGGAAAAACUCCCAAAAUGCCAACCAAGGGAACAUGCUAAAAAUAUAUGCAAAGAGGGCAUUAUGAUUUGUAAAGAACUAGCAAAAUAUGCACCAGAUGGGAAAUGUGAUAAAGCCAAAACCUUAGAGUUAAUCGAAAGAAUCAAAGAAUUAACUGAAUCAGCUUACAGAUUUGACAGCAAAAGCAAAGAUGUGACAAAGUCCCCUCCCUUGACUCCCAAACCCCCAAUGAUGUUUAAAGAAGAAAGUAAAAUGGGGAGGAUGACCGCUUCACAAAAGGCCUCAAAGAACGCCCGGUUCCGCAUCGAAGAAACUCGUGCUCAAAUGAACAAGUCCAGAGAGCUAUAUGACAAGAAUGUGGAGAGCAUGGAGAGGAACCAGAAAGAGCUGAAUGAGAUCCUGGUCACUUUGAGAAACUGUCAAGUCAAAGAGAUCGACUUCAACACUACCAUUCAAAUGCUGGUCAAAGGUCUGGAUGCCAUGGGAAAAGUGAAGAAACAGUGGGAGAAGAUGGUGCAGUUUUUUCAGAUGGUGUCAAACAUUGUGAAAAACAGCCUAAACCUGACUCUUAAUGAUUUUGCCACCACAGCUGAGACAUCAAACAGACAUUCCUAUGAUGGGAAGCUUUUCUGUAAAGACAUGCUCUACAAUCAAGCCUUUCAGGCCACUAACAUCGCCAGCCUGGUCCACAUGAUCUCGAGUACCUAUACUGACGUGUCCACCAGAUACCUAAUGGAUAGCGUCAGCUCUCUGGGGACACUUAUGUCUGCUGAUCCGCAAAGUCGACAGUUUCUGCAAAUGCAUGUACAGUUAAGGAAGUCCUGUGACAUGGCUCAGAACGCCAUCAAAAAACUUGUGCUCAAGAAUAAGGAAGAGUUUGAUAGGAAGACCGAUUCAAGACUGAAGAAGAUUGAAAAAGAGUUGCUUGCCAUUUUACCUGCCGCUAAACCUGAAGAGAUACAGUUUAUUCAAGAAACUGCCCAAAGUGGAUUCACAGAGGAAGAACAAUUAAACUACGUGUAAGAAAAAUAACCAAAAAUUCCACCGUUACAGCAAUUGCCAGUUGUACUCAUGAAUUUGGGGGGGAAAACAUUUGACAAAGAAACUUGGCCAUAGUGCAGGCCACAUCCAUCCUUGCCCAAACUUUCCAACAAACCCACCUGGUGUCUGAAAAGAAAAAAAAAAAAAACUUUAGAUUCUAUUAAUGUGGAAAUAAUUAAACCACAGUAGCAGCAAUUUCAAAUAUCGCCACCUUCUGGUCAUCUAGGUUCGUUCACUCCUUAAAAUGGAUUACAUUAUACAGUGGAACCCGGUUAUGUCGAUGUCCUAGGGGGUCGCCAACAAGCAUCAAGAUAACCGAUGAUCGAGAUAAACGAAAAUCAAUAUGGCGGCAAUAUAUUAACGUGCUUGAAAUUUCUUUAUGUACAUGAUGUGCGUUAAUAAAUGAGAAUGUGCAUGCACGUGUUUUUGGAGGUUUUUUACACAACAGCAUAGCAGGUGUUUUCUCGGCUGCUUUCUCUGAAGCUUCGCUUCAAUAGCGCACAUAUUGUGCUCGUUUAGCACUCAUCACCAGCUCCUAUUUAAACUUCCACACUCUCACCGUCCGUUAUUGUUGGUAUAGGUUGGUUCACGGCGGUCGUUGUUAUCGCUCAUGCGUAUCCCGGUACGUGCCUUCC